UAGACAACAGUAACCAAUAAAUUGAUGGUUACCGUUGUCUUCUGUUCUGCGCACGUAGUCGUUGGAAACCAGGAGAGCGGAACAGUACGAUGUAGGUUUUGUACUUUCGUUUUCGACAAAAUGGCCGACCAUCAACGGAAUUUGGCAAGAUUUUAACAAAUUGGAGUGUCCGAGUUUAAAUGUACAUGUAUAUGAUUUCAGACGUUUGUGAGGUUGUUGUUAUUUGUGGUGUUUUUUUAGACGUGGUCAUUUCUUUGUUGAGAAGGCAGUCCACUUUACAAGUUUCGUGAGAAAAGCAGGCGGUGAUAGAGAAUAAACUUCGGAUUGAUGAUCUACUACAUACCCCCUUACUGAAUUAUAUAUAAUCAUGCUUACAGAGAAGAAACAACUUACCAAACAAUUUCACAAUGACGACUUUCAACACUGGAAACUUUUCUUCGUCCUUCAACUUUGAAGAUUUUUCAUCCCGAUUGAACGAGCCAGAAGCUGAACUUAUAAUUGUUGAUAUUGCCAAUGAAGUAUCUUCAAGUCAAGUAGUUAAACCUGAUAUAGAAGAUGACCAAAAAAGAUGGCUGAUUGUUGGAAUAUGUCUACACAGUGUCAUAUCUCCUGCAUUAAGAAAGUAUAUCCCCCCUGUUGUAAGCCAACUCUACAACAAAUUGAAGCAAACAGACAAGAUAGACGCACAAACAUUUGCUAAACACAUGAAGCGUUAUAAACCUACAAACAAAGAAUUGAACUACGAGGCGAUCAAUAACAACAGUGCCAUACCAAAAGUGAAAGGGAAAAAGGAUGAACAGAAAUACAACUAUGAUGUAACAAACGAUGUAGAUCUGACUAAACUGUUCAUGAUUACCAGCAUGGCACACUAUACCGGAUUCGAUGACACGUGUGACUCCUCAGCUCUCCUGGGGAUCAUUGUUAAUAUAGAUACUUUCCCAGUUCUACCACAAAAAACGGCUAAAAAGUUAAGGUCUGAUAUUCGAAAUCCUUGGGCACACUGCAACUUUUCCGAGUGGGACGUGAUCAAGUACCAAAACUCAUUCCAACUGAUGCAACAGUUCAUAAAAAAUCUGUUACUUCCAGUUCAAGAUGAGACAGAAAUUCUUGCCCAACUGAUGCAGUGGCAAACAAAUGGUCUGCAAUUUUUGCAAGGGACAACACUUGGAGUUGAACUGGUGCAAGAACUUAAAAAUGAGACUAGAGCAUUAAGUAAGUUCAUUUUAGAUGUUGUUUCAAAAAAUGAUAUGAGCUUUCAAGUUGUUCACAAAUCUAUACUGUCAAUAGAAAGUUCGUUAAACAAUACACUUGAAAGAAUAAAUAACAUUGAAACUCAGAGUCUUCAGAUGAAUGGGGACAUACUGUCGUUGACAGAUGCGGUGACAGGUAUGCAAGAUUCACAUAAAGCAGAUUUUGAAAGUGUUGAAAAGAUGAAGACUGAAUUGCAUAAUAUAGAUACAGAGGUAACUGGUGUGAAGAAUGAACUAAAGGGGACACAAGAAGCUCUUAAAAUUAGUACACUUAACUUUCAAAGUACAAAAUCGGACGUCGAUAAAAAUACUUUGGAUAUCGCUAAUAUAGCAAAAUACCUAUCAUAUGUAAGACCAAAUGGGAAAUUAUUCUUCUAUCCCCCGGACAGGGUUUCUACAUUUGUUAGUCGACAAGAUGAAUUGGAACAACUGCAAGAAGUGUUUGAAAUUCGAAGUAGUGAAACACAUACACAAGUUAUUUGCGGAUUAGGGGGAAUAGGUAAAACAACACUGGCGGUGGAAUAUGCAUGGACAUUUCAAACAUUUUAUCCUGGAGGUGUGUUUUGGAUGUCAGCAGAAACAAAUGAAGCAUUGGAAGAUUCUGUACAACGCCUUGCUAUAGACACAAAUACUGUCGGACAGAAUGCUAAAGAAACGCUUGUUAAACACUUAAAUGGUUGUGCUGUGUUCAAGACAGAUGGCUGCUUGUAA